AUGUCUUCAACAAUAGUGGAUGAGUAUCUGGAGACCCCUAUGGAGGCCGACGAUGCCUUCCCCUGUAAGGGCUGUGGUGAGAUCCUUGAAGAAGGAAAAGCUUUCGAACUGGCUGGUAAUCGGUGGCAUCUCGACUGCUUUCGAUGCACCUCUUGCGGUUCCCUCCUCGACUCCGACGCCAAUCUUCUCUUGCUCGGUGACGGCUCUCUCAUCUGCAACAACUGCACAUACAGCUGUACCGCCUGUGGCAACAAAAUCGAGGACCUGGCUAUCCUAACGGGGGAUCAGGCAUUCUGUUCAACAUGCUUUCGCUGUCGAAACUGCAAGCGCAAGAUCGAAAACCUGCGCUAUGCCAGAACGUCGCAGGGCAUUUUCUGCAUGGACUGUUAUGAGACCUUAAUGGCCAGGAGAAGAAAGAAAUCCAAAGCCGCGGCGGCAGCCAAAGCCAAGGAGAAAGAACAGGCGCCCAACGUGCCAGAAAAGUCUCUCCCAGCCCUUCCUCCCGGCGUAAUUCCCAACAAUGCCUUUUCAAACGACCGCGUCGACCCCGAUGGGCCAACGGAGCUAUCACCACGGCCGCGUACAGGCCAUAGGCACAAUGAGUCGUCGGCUCGAGGCAAAGCAGACCGCGAGGCUGAUGCCGCCAAAGAUGGACUUAACCCAACCACAUACCGACGAAAUCGUAAUUCGACUAUUACGUCCAACAACGGCGAUGGCGGUGACGGCUUCAUGAUAUCUGUGGCUCUCGAUACGGGUUCAUCGCCAAAUGGAUCACAGAAGCAAUCUGAGAGUACUGGCGAGGUCAUGAAGAAGGAUCGUCGGCCGACCAUGUCUGACAAGCGGGUCGAUUCACAUUCUUCUGCUACACACAUCGCCUUCAUGGGUGCCGCCGCCGCCGCCGCCGCCGCCGCCGCUUCUUCUGCCGCCUCAUCUCGCCAGCAGUCGGACCACGAAACCUCACAGGCAAAGUCUACUCGCUCUUCUCCGAAAUCAGAACAGGGCCAGACUAAAGCAUCUGACGAAACCACAAAGAAAAGACGGCCUACUGAGUCUCGGACUGACAGUUCGCAAUCCGUCCCCCAGCUGCAGGAAGGUACUCCUAGUCGGACGGGUACUAGCACCCCACGGAAAGACAGCACAUCGCAAGUUGAACCACGCAAAGCACUGGAUAGCACUCCUGGAUCACGGUCCUCAUACGAUUCCAAGGCCCAAGACGAUGGCGAUUCAAGUGUCAAAGUUGGACCCCGCUCUGACAGUGUCAAGAGCAUCCCGCGAAAAGAGGUCGCAGCGGCAUCUACCCGCCCUGUCAAUGGAAGUCCAAUUACCACCCAAGGCAAAUCUUUCGCCUCUGAAGAUCCUGCUUCUGCGACGGCAACUCCCCACCAGAGCCCACCCUCCAGACCUGGUGCAACCGAGAGAGCUUUGACUGAUACUUACAUGCAACCCCGAGCAGCCCCUCUUCCCCCAACCACCGUGGCUCCAACUCCGCCCAGGGAAGCAGCAUCCAAGAACGCUCAAGGCGAGCCCGUUUCACCGAAACUUCCCAGGUGGAGCAGCGGCGCAGAUUUCACCAUGGAUGAGGAUAUGGCCAGGAUACUUGGUGCCGACGAGGCAGCGUCUUCUAUCCUUAGGCGUGUCUCCAACGCCGUUCGACACGGACGCACGAGUAGCGCUGAAUCUACUCAAAAUCCACCAACCCGAGGCACUCACACGAGAAGCAUCAGCGAGACAGCUCGUGGUGCUAUUUCGCCUCGUUGGCCCAAGACCCAAGACGACUUGAACGGCCAGGCACAAGAAUCUGGAAGCCCGAUUUCAAUUUCGGUUUCGGCCGCCGAUACCGCUGCCCUGGUCCUCAAGCAACAACUUCGGUCCUCUGAACAGCGAGUUGCUGAGUUGGAGAAGCACGUCGGUGUCGAAAAGGAUCUUCUCAAUCUCAAUCAGAAACUCAUUGAGAAAAGAAAGACUGUUUCCGUACUGGAUACUCAAACUGAGAUUAUGAUUCGACAGCUUGAGGUGUUGGCCGGCUAUGUGGAGCGCGCAAAAGACACACAGACCCCCAUUGAUCCUCGGGAGCUUGAGGAAUCUGCCAUCAAGGAAUUCGUCCAAAAACUCGAGCAGGUCAAGAAAACGUUUACCGAAGAGAUCGAACGCCUGGUUGAAGAACGCGACCAGCUUGUUGAAGAGAAGACCACAGCCGUGGCCGACAGAGACCGUGCUCUCAUGGAAUUUGAGCAAUUGUCCUCGAAGAAUGCUCAACUUGCGGACAUGAACAAUGAUCUCACUCACCAGAUUCAAGAGCGCUUCAAGUCUCAGAUUAGUUCGGAUGGCAAAUCCAACGGCUUGGGCAUCUACAGCCAACACAAGGGCACGUCAUCCAUCAAUCUCGACUCAGCUAGCGUCGCAACCGGUACGACUCUUAUUGGCGAUGAGGACCCGGCUCUCAUUGUUGAGCACGGACCUACCGUGGUCCAAGUCAGAAAGGGCCAAGUCAAGAAAUUCAACUGGAAGAAGGGAUCCAAGACCAUGGCACAAAACAUCACCAAGGGCGUGGGACGUGCUGUCGUUGCUUUCCAGAACGAUCGCGAGAGAAUGCAGCAGCAAGGCCUGGCAGCUGAUGGUAUUGGACUUCCGUACAACAUGACCGCCGCCCCAGGAGACACUUCCAACACGCCAACUCCCAACGCUCAGGCCGGAAAGCAACACCAACAACAGUUUGGCUUUUUCGGCAAGAAGAAUGCAAAUCCAAAGACUGGACUGGCAGCCCCGUCCAACAUCGUGGUUGCACAAGCAGCGCCAGAGCCAGCCUCAAUUCUAUUCGGAUCUGAGCUUACAGACCGAUGCGACUUUGAGCAUCGUCAAAUUCCUAGUGUGGUAACUCGAUGCAUCGAAGAGGUUGAGCUGAGAGGCAUGGACCAGGAAGGUAUUUACCGAAAGACUGGUGGAAAUUCACAAAUCAAUAUGAUCAAGGAUGGCUUUGACAAGAGCGAAAACUAUGACAUUUCCGACCCUGACUUGGAUAUUACCGCUGUCACAAGUGUCUUGAAGCAGUAUUUCCGAAAGCUGCCGAAUCCACUACUCACUUUUGAUGUCUAUGAGCGAGUGUUGGAAUCUAAUGCUAUUACUGACGAAGCUGAACGCUGCUCCCACCUUCACAAAGUCUUUACGUCGAUGCCUCCAGCCCACCGAGACUGUCUGGAGUUCCUCAUGUUCCAUCUUCACCGCGUGGCAAUUAGAGAGCCUGAAAACUUGAUGUCGCCUAAAAAUCUGGCCGUCGUGUUUGCGCCAACCAUCAUGCGGGAUCUGAGCAUUGAGCGCGAAAUGACUGAUAUGCACGCAAAGAACCUUGCGGUGCAAUUUAUCAUUGAGAACACGAACCAGAUCUUCCAAGAGGAAUAA